UAAUUCUUAAUUAUAUCCUAGCAUCUUAUCAAAAAUGAAUAGCGCAGACAAGCCUUUGAGGAACAGUCAAGCCAUCGAAAAAGAAGUUCUUAGGAGAAUGGUGACUAAUUUCCGAGUACAAGAACUGCAGCAGUUGAUGAGCAUGUGUAACAGAUCCCGUGUGGGCAGAAAACAAGAGCUGCUCUCACGUGCACUAUAUCUUGUAAAGAACAUCAACGAUGUAUCAAAAGACUGCAAAGUGGCAUCCUCUAUACGUGAUCUGUACAACAGAAGGUACCCCAGCCGCCAGAUGCAGAUAGUUGGAGGAAUGCAGGAUGCAAACUGCAUUCCAUUACCUCCUACCACUGAGAGCAAAUAUAGUGCGGUGUGUGCGUUCAGUAACAUCUUGUCUACAGAGGGGGAUUGUGCGGAGACCUCAGGCGCAGUACAGACCAGCCCUACCACAGGGCCGCGCACUAAUGGUUAUCCUAGCACUUCUGGAGGUUAUUCCUCUACUGACUCCACUGCUGAUAAGGCUCAAGUUCCAGUACUCCCUGACGUCUCAUUUAAAGACCUGCCGUUCUACGAGGAGCUGGAUGUGUUAAUAAAACCUACCAGUCUGGUGGAUCAUGGACCUAGUAGAUACCAAGAAACUGCUCUACCUUUCUAUCUUAGUCAGAGACAAGUUCAGGCUAUAUACGAUAGCAGGACAAUGCAACCAAUGCAAGGGGGUAACGUGAUGUCAUAUAACUACAUGGUACAAAUACAAGUUCGACUUUGUCUACUCGAAACCAGCUGUGAACAAGCCGAUCAUUUCCCCGCAUUCUGCGCUCUCAAAGUCAACGGCAACCAGGCUUUCAGUUUUCAAGAACCACAAAGCUCUAACGUGAAGCGACCUCCUUCCAAUCCUAUAGACAUAACAGGACACUGCAGACUGAGUAGCGCGUAUCCUAACGUGCUGAACGUUACCUGGGCCGCUAACUACGGACAAAGACACUGCAUUGUAGUGAGACUAGUGAGGCAACACAACUCUCAGAUAUUACUGGAUAGGUUAAAGAAACAUAUCCGUAACGUGGAUCACAGCAAGGCUCUGAUAAAAGAGAAGUUGUCGUGUGAUGAUAACGAGAUAGCUACCACCAGUUUGCGGGUUUCACUACUCUGUCCCCUCAGUAAAGCUAGAAUACAAAUACCUUGUAGACCAACCACAUGCAGUCACCUUCAGUGUUUUGAUGCGUCUAUCUUCCUUCAGAUGAAUGAGCGUAAAGCAACGUGGCAAUGUCCAGUAUGUGACGGUGCAGCCAAGUACGGUACCCUCGCUAUAGACGCCUUCUUCAAACUUAUCAUAUCACAGUCCCCCGACGCCGAGGAAAUUGAGGUCUUUCCCGAUGGUUCCUGGAAGGCUUUGACAAAUAAACCAGAUCCCAGUCCUUCAGAAUCGCGUAGCUCAUCAAAACCAGAGGCUAUCUCAGUAGACAGUCCAGAGUCUGCUGGUCCUUCCUCCUCCUCACCCACCACCACAGCAACACCAGCAGCAACAGCAGUACACGAUAUUAUCGACAUUUUGAGUUCUGACGAUGAAGACUGUGCACCUCCCCCUCCUAAAAAACAAGCAGUGACAGUUCAACAAACUUCUGUGAUAAAAACAACUCCGAAACCUACGGAACCACCAGCCAAACCAGAUCAGAACGGAUUCUUAGGUAAACUUAACGGAAAAAACACGGUUAAAAGAUUCACUGAUAAGCAAGCGACUGAUAACAACACGCAAGCUCGAAGCUUAUUCACAACUGAAAACAAGCUAAAAGGUUUCGAGACUCUCAUGUCGAUGUGUCAGAACAGCAUUCCUGAUGGAGAUCCCGCGUUCACAAACUUCAUGCGAGAGCUGAACAAGAUGCGGCACUUUCAUCGAUAUCAAUUAGAACAACAAGCAGGUCAGCCUGGCGCACAAAAAAUCAAUCACAAAACAACACCCUGCGCCCCCAACUAACCCCCUCAAAAAGGUGCCAACCUCUCGUAGUCGGAGUAGAGACAACGAAAAUAUCAUCACUAUAGAUUGACUAUACCAAGGACACCCAUCUUGGUAAAUCUGACUAAGGGACGCCCUCUCUCUCAAUAUCUCUCUCUUUCUCUCUCUCUCUCUCUGUCCAACAGAAUACAAAUGAACUGUUAGCUUACUCGGAAAUUUGACUCUUGGUUCAACAGAUCAGGGCAGCGUUCUUCGACUGUUUUAUUUAUAACUAUUGGCAAUUACUAUAUGUAAAUUCAUUGUUUUCAAGCUGUUGUUGUGGGCACAAAAUUAUUUGUUUUCGUUGAAUUUCGUUCCUAAAUCAUUUUUUCUUAGGUUGUUAAUUAGCCGGUUGUUUUAAAAGUAUAGAAUAAUGUAUAUCUCAGUUGCGUAACAACUGCUAUCAUUAUUGGGGGGAGACUGAGUGUUGUCUAUUUUUAAGGGGUAGAUUUCUACAAAACAGCUACAAAAUAAUUGUAAGUUGGGUUAAAGAGGGACUAGCCAAAGUUUCAUUACUUUGCUAGACAGUGUUGACGCAAGAGAAGCUUGGCGUGAUAUUUGUGUGGUUGUGAGUGAGUGGAAUUUCACAGUGAAUAAUCGUUCAGGCGUUUAGUCCAGACGCUUUAUUAAAACAAGGGGUUUUUUAAAAUCGUGAACCAAUGCUUUUUGUAAAUGACAGUGCUGUUUUGAUACUGACAAGAUUCCCAGAUUUGCUCUUUUCAGCUAUCACAGAGCUUUAAAACAAAGUUAUUUAUUAUAAUUUAUGUUAAUUUGAUUGUCCGUGCUGAAUCGUUUGCAAAAAUAA